AUAGGUCCUUUUUAAUAAUACGACGAUUCUUUCAGAAACCGGAAGUCUAAAACAAGCAUUCAUUUUUGGUAAUUGGAGCCAAUUUAUUUUUGUUUCUGCAGUUUAUUUCGAGUGGAAACAUGCUGCCUAUAUUCAAGUCCAUUCCAACGCACAUGGAUUAUAAGGGCCAGAAGCUGGCUGAGCAGAUUUUCCAAGGAAUUAUACUCGUCUCAGCGGUGAUUGGAUUCGUGUAUGGUCUGAUCAUUGAGCAGUUUGGGUGGACAGUGUACAUAGUAAUGGUUGGUUUUGCAGUGUCCUGUGUGCUGACCCUGCCUCCGUGGCCUAUGUACAGAAGGAAUCCUCUGUCCUGGCAGCCAGUUGUACCAGAGAGCACAGGGGAGUCCAGCCAAAAACCUCAGGAAAACCUCAAGAAGAAAAAGCACAAAUAACUUAAUGACCAUCCCCCUGUCUAGCUGUGAAUUAAAGUUUUUAUAUGGGAAUUAUUUUCAAGUACGUCUCUAAAUUCAAAUUAGAAGUACUUGGGGAAAAAAUGGAAGUCAUUAUACAAAUGUGUUUCAAAUAAUAAACAUCUGAUCCUGC